UCAUAUUUAUUAAGAUAACCGAGAAUUAUUUUAUCUAUUUCUAAAUUUAACCUUAAAAUAUUUCCAUUACACUUUCAUACUUGUAUAGUUAAAGUCAAUCCACGAGACUAUCAACUUUUUUGGUGCACACAAUGUUUAUUUUAAAUCAAAUAAUUUAAUUUAAAAUUCAUAUAUUAAUUGAUUUAAUGUAAACAUUAAUAAGUUUUUGUUUUUUUUCCUCAUUGACUUUAAUUUAGGUUUCGAAUAAUAAAUUGUGUAAUGAACAAUUAAUUAGUAGUGUAGAUACAGUAACAUCUGUAGUUGAAAGAUGGUAGGAAGAGUUUUGGUACUAGUGACGAUCCUGAUCUUGGCUCAAACUGGAAGUCUAAACUCGCACCAGGAAUCAGGUGAAUGGAGCUGUGAUUCGAAGGCGGACAUCCAUAUUGAAGCCGAGUUCAAGCCAGGGAGAAUUACCCUAGAUGGGCAGGUUGAUGAUUGGAAAGAAAUAGAUGGCUCUGCAUUUUCACUUUUACCUGCUUUAGACCCACAUUCAGAUAAAGCAUAUUAUGGUGGCAAAAUGACCCUCAAGGCGUCACAUGAUGGCAAAGAGAUUUUCUUCAUGUUGCAAGUCGAAGGGGAUUACACAUAUUCUGAAGGAUACAAUGACAAGGCUGCCUCUGUCGCUAUUAUGUUCCAGAUUGGUGAAAAUGCAUCUUAUCAUAGAAUGGGAGGGUGUGAAGAGGGACGUGAUACUUGCACGAACAAGACAUGCAAGGGCCACGAAGUUGACCUUAUGCAUUUCUCAAUAGGAAAGGCAAUUCCUGGAAGACUAUAUGGAGGCAACCCGGUAGACAAUAGUGAGGGAAAUGGAGGUGACAGGUUUGGUCAUUUGGUCGAUCUAUAUGGUUGGAACCCACACUGCCGUUAUUUAGAUGGAAUCGGUCCUUCAGCGAAUGAUUCUAGUGCACAGAAUGAUUGGAAAGGAACUUGGUGGCACAGUAGCUUGACUCAUCACUCAGGUUUUGUUAAGGAUGACAGCCCAUAUUCAUCCAGCAAUCAAUCCGGUGCAUAUUAUUUUGAAUUUUCCAGGCCACUCAGAACAAUGGAUCGCCUUCAACAGGACGCUCAAUUCACAAUUGGAAGAGCAAGCAAGAUGUCUGUGGCAUUUUGGUACCCCGUUGAUGGAAAACCAUGGCACGGAUCGGGUCACUUUUCAAUUAGCUGCCAUUGGAUACCGUUGAAUAUCUUGCCAGAUGGUUCUGAGCUCACUGAUGUGCCAAAAAGAAGUCCUUGGGACACUGCUACAGCAUUCUCUCUUCUCUUUUCAGUAGUAGCUUUUGGUAUAUCCAUCUUUGUUGGGCAUAGAGUUUCAAGAACCAAGAACAUUGCUUUUACACAAAUGGACAAUCUUUAGAACAGGGCCAAGUUCCUGCAGAUGGCAAAAACCAAUUUGCAACUUUUGUUCUUCCUGGAACUAGGUAACACGUUUGCUUCUUUCCCUAAGAUGUCUUUUGCAAUUUACACUUAUAGUUGGAGUUCAUGAUCGGAUAACCUUUUUGCUUUUGAAGUAACGUGGAUCAGCUAUGAAGCUCAUUCUUAACUCUAUUCUUUCUUCUUCUUUUUUUUUUUUUUGAAAAAAAAUAAAAAAUUACGACCCUCUCUCCCUUUUGGUAUUUGACAGUUUUCUCUUUUGUGUUGGAAUGGCGUCAAAACUAUGGUUGCUAUGUGA